AUGGCAAAUCGACUACAGCAAGUGCAGAGCCACCUGGAGGCCGCUGAUCCUUUCGCGCAAGACCGUACACGGAUUGAUGGCCAGGUCGUCUUGAUAACGGGAGCCGCGCAAGGCAUUGGUAGAGCUGCGGCGGGUUUGCUAGCCCGACAGGGCGCAAAAAUUGCCAUCAACGAUCUCGAUGAAGCAAAAGCGAAAGCGGCUGUAGACGAGCUGACGGCUGCUGGACAUGAAGCGUUCCAUGUUGCUGGGGACAUGCUAGAUGAGAGCUUUCCGCCCAAGUUGGUUAAUGCUGUCAUCGGAAGAUUUGGCAAGAUCAACUGCCUCAUAAACAAUGCAGGCUUUUGCUUCGACAGUGCCCUUCACAAAAUGUCGGAAGAAAAGUUCGACGUGAUAAUGAAGAUCCACAACUAUGUGCCUUAUCGAAUGAUCAAGGCUUUGUCAACUCAUUGGAUGGAUAAAGCAAACCUCGAAAUGCCGAAAUCAAUAAUCAACGUAGCUUCUACGUCCGGUCUACACGGAGCGAUGGGUCAGAUCAACUACUCCACAGCCAAGGCAGGAAUUAUCGGCAUGACGAAGUCAGUCGCAUUAGAAUGGGCUCGCUACAAUGUGCGUGUCAAUGCGGUGGCAUACGGGUGGAUAGAUACGCGUAUAACUCGCCCUCCUUCAGAAUCUGAGAAGAUGGUCCUCGCUGGUCAGGAAAUCGUUAGCGGAAUUCCACUCAAUGCGAAGAAAUGGAGAGAUACGAGCGAUAUUCCUCUUGGGCGACCUGGAACAACAACUGAUGCCGCAGGCGUAAUGCUGUUUCUAGCGAGUCCACUCUCUUCUUAUGUGACGGGGACCUGUGUUGAGUGUACAGGAGGACGCUAUAUGUAG